AUAUUUUAAUUGUUUUUAAAUGGUAACGCCUUAGAUUGCCGGAAUUUGAGCCUAAAAAGCUAAAUCCAAAUAUAGCAACUCUCCUAUCUGCAAGACAGAUGAAAAAGGAUUCUUACAUGCUUGAACUGCAAAAAAUUGCUGGUUCAUCGAUGAUGGCCGUGGAAACUAUUCUCACAAUGUUGAUUAACGAUGAGGAUUGUGACAAAUUACAAAUUGUUAGUUUACUUAAUGAUAUAGCAAAGAUGGCCAUUCAGAUGCAUCAUGACAUCUCUGUAUCAAGAAGAAGCAACAUUUUUAUACCCAAUCUGGCUCCUCAGGCUGCGGAAAUCAUCAAGAAAGCUGAGAUUCACGAUACCCUGAUCGGAAAUAAAUUCGCAGAGCGCAUUAAGGAAUCUAAAGCGCUCACAAAGCUCUCGGAGAAUUUCCAGCAGAAAUCCAAGCCAACUGCUACUGUUAAGAGGAAAUUUUUAUUCAAAAGCCCGCAGUCGAGACGCCCUUUCUCUCAGCAGCAGACGGGUUACAAUCAGAAGGGCUACAAUCAAAAGAAUUACAACAACCGAACCGGGUACAAUCGGGGAAAUCAAUCCAACAAGCCAAAUUUCCGAUCCAGACAGCAGUUCUUCAAUUCACAGAACAGGAACCAGAAAGAAGAGAACACCUCCCAAAAGAAGUAGUAUCUAUGGUGUAAGAAGUUUAUUCGGGCUGCUGGUCAACUUGCCAACCUCUCCUACAUCCUGCUGCGAAUCCUUUUCCAUCGGCGCGAUCCCAUACUACUCCUACUCAGUGAAUUUGCUCUCUACCUUCUAAUCAGCUUAUUUUUGACGAAUCGUCAAUACAGAAGAUGAAUACGCAAGAUCCGUUACAUAGCCCAGUGCCGAAGUGGCCAACAACGUUGAACUCAGCGACUUUGCAGAUACCGUAACCAAAGGUUGCUGUUCAAUAGUUUAACGCGAAGAUGCAAACGUCUGCUCAAGCCACAGCUAGCCAUCGCAACUAAAUGCUGCAGAAGUUUUCUACAAGCAUCAUUAUAGGAAACGAUAAUGAUGUUCGAGAUGAUGAGUUGGCUACACUCGGACGUAAGAAAAUCGGUACGGGGAGACGCAGCUCAUGUUAAACUGCUAUAAAAGCAAAUUUCUAGUUCGUCAGCUAACACCUGCAAAACUCUAGCAGACUUGCAAUACAAGGACAAACGCACACUCACACUUGAGCAAAAAAUUCACGCGUAAUUGGUAUAGCAGUAACACUGUCAGUCAUAAAUCGAUGAACUUUUCAUUUAACUUGA